UCGGUGCUCCCAGAAAACAUGGCUGACGCGCGGGUGGUCUCUAGGAAGGUGACUCUAUUCCACCAAGAAGCCCCCGGGGCCAUCACCUACCGAAUUCCCGCCCUGCUCUUCCUGCCCAACAAAUCCGUUUUCCUGGCCUUUGCGGAGAAGCGGUCCUCACCCAAAGAUGAACACUCCAUGUAUCUGGUGAUGAGAAGAGGGCAUAAGAAAGGGACGUCUGUCCAGUGGGAUCCUCAAAGCGACUUGAUGUCAGCCACGAUUCCUGGCCACCGAACCAUGAACCCUUGCCCAGUGUACGAGAAGAGAAGCGGCAAAGUUUUCCUGUUCUUUAUCUGCGUCUGGUCCAACGUUACCGGAUGGUCUCAAAUCACAACAGGGAAGGACUUCGCCAGGCUGUGCUAUGUCUCUAGCCCAGAUGGCGGCCACACCUGGAGCCAGCUGACUGAUUUGACCGACCAGGUGAUCGGAGACGACUUGAGAGACUGGGCUACCUUUGGCGUCGGGCCGGGCCACGGGGUGCAGUUGCGCUCCGGGCGCCUGGUGAUCCCGGCAUACACUUACUACACCCCUCGGCAUCUCUCCAGCAAGCCGGUCAUUUACCUGACAAGGCCUCACUGCUUCGUUUUCUACAGUGAUGACGGGGGCCAGAACUGGGCCCGGGGUCAGCUUGUCAGGAGCUUCCAGAUGGAAGAGUGCCAGGUUGCUGAACUGACCCGCCAAGACGACAGCCAAGUAUUAUACUGCAAUGCCCGCAGUCCCGAAAAGUACAGGGUUGAGGCCUUCAGCACAGACGACGGAAACCAAUUUGAGGAGCCCUUCUUUUGCAAGAAGUUGCCGGAGACAGGGAGAGGUUGCCAGGGCAGCGUGGUGAGUUUCACCUCACUGCUGAAGCCCUCAGAAAUGGGUCGCAGAGCAAAGACAGUCGAGCCAACUCAUCCCCUGGGCGUUCGUCCCUCAACUGCCCUUAACACCACCAAAGAAUGGCUGCUUUUCUCUCACCCCACAGGCAGAUCCAAACGAGUCAACCUGGGCAUCUACCUCAACACCUCCCCGCUGGUGAAGGGCAGCUGGAAGGACCCCUGGGUGCUGAACGAAGGGCCCAGCGGGUACUCGGACCUGGCCGUGUGCGAGGAGAACCGCCCGUUGCUCUUCGGCUGCUUGUUUGAGAGCGGAGAGACCACCGAGCAUGAAGAGAUUGCCUUCCGGCUCUUCACCAGCGUCGAGCUUCAGAAGAACACAAGGGGGAAGCCGAUGUGA